AACUCACCCCAACAUUCCGAUUCUCCCUGUUUGCGUACAUCAAAGCACCAUUUCGAGUCCAAAACUCAAAACCCAAAAUUCAAAAUUCAAAAACAAAGAUGUCCGAUAUCAACUUGACGGCCUAUAACGUCUUUCGCAACGAUCUGGCCAGAAUAUUCAAGACUUUUAAUUCGUAUACUCAAACCGAGUUUACUGAGGAAAUUGGCACCAGCACAAACUUUGAUUGCAAAGCUGAUUUGGACACCAAUUCUUCCCAGAAGAGGGUUUCUUCGGUUUAGAUGGAAUCCAUGGAAUUCACACUCCGAAAUCAAUACGGAAUGUAGCAGAAUUGCAAUUUCCAUCUGAAUCGGAUGACUCCGAGUGCCAAACUUCAGGUUACACCACGGAGAGUGGCUAGCAGCAUCCUCUCCUGGGUUUUCUCCUAGAGAUCUACGUGCCCACGUGCUACGUGAGGAGUACAUCAUGGAGAGCUGCGGGAAUUCCUGGCCAACGAGAUGGAGGCGCAAAUGGGGCAGUGAUCUAGCUAAUAUCGUAUUCUUCCCAAAUUUAUAGUGCUUUCUAAAGGAAGAUAGUGUGUACACUUUUCGGAGCAAUCUGAAAUCCAAGACCAUAAUGGAAAAUACAAAAUCUUCAACCCCA